AUGGAUACGGAGUCGAACAUUGAGACGAAUUUACGUCCGAUCGUGGAGCCGUUGCAACAGCUGAUUCAAAAUACAGCUACGGAAGCGAAUAAUAAUACGCCGAUCGUGGAUCGGUCGUCGGAUCCACAAACGCAGUCGCUGUUCUCUACGAAGAAGGUGGAGAGAAAAUGGAACAAAAAGAAGAAGAAGAGGAAGCAUGACGAAGCAGCUUUAACGCCAAGGAUGCAUUUGAAGAAGAAAAAGAAAAUAUAUUCCUCUGUUCCUACCAACGAUGACAUCGACUAUGUGUUGUACGACAACGAUGACGAUGACGAUGGCAACAACGGUGGCAACAGUGACGAUAACGAGGCAGGUGGCAAUAAGGCGCUCGAACCGAUACCUACGAUACUUUCGGCGCAACAGGAGAAAGCUUUCGAAUCGUCUCCAAUGGCAACAGCAUCGUUGGAAUCAUCGGUGCGAAACAUUUUGAAAAGUCCUGAAACGCAUCGCGACGAAUACGAACAUUUGUUCAACAAUCUUGGACCUUUAGCGAGCAAAUACUUGCACAAUUUCUUUAGCGGACCACCGAAAAAUUUGGACAACGUAUACAGAGUGUAUUUUCACAAUAACAAACUGAUGCUUGGAAACACCACGUUUGAUGUUGAAAGCAACGGCGAUAUCGUUAUCAAUAAAAUUAGGUACAAGGGAACUUCAGGUCUCUACGAAUUGAUAAUCAAAAGAAUACCCGACGAGAACCUGUACACCGAGACCGAUAAGAAUAUUUACAGAAACAUUCUCAUCGCUACGCGCGCCAAUCAACGAGGUAACCAGAUAAUGGGGAAUAAAAGUUACAAGUACAAAAAUAUCAUAGGACCGAUGUUUUCGACGUUGCGCGGAAAGGGUAUACAAAUUCCAACGAUGAUGCGUGUAACCAACAAUCUGAUCGAUUACGUGCAUUGGGACGAUCCCAACGAGCUGGUGGAUCGUUUGAAAUUGUUGAUGGCAUCGAAAAAUACCGGGCACACUGUAAUGAAUGAAAUGCCUGUUGAUAAAUUUAACAGAUGGUUCGAUAGAACGAGCAUUCGCUGGAAUUGCUGCGAAACCAAUCAAACGAUAUCCGUGGACAAAAAUUGGAACGAUACAUUUACAAAUAUUGAGUUGAGACUCGACCACGUUUGUCAACAAAUACAUCAGAUUAAACAACAACAACAUGAGCUGCUCGAAAUAUCGUCGAAAGAGCAGAAGAUAAUGAUUGAACCGAAAAACGAGAACAAUUUUGCGGCAGCAGCAGCAACUGAAGAAACCUCGGUAGCAUAA